GGGAGCCUUUUACCACCCUUUUUUUCAGGCUCCAUGUACACACAAAAUGCAUCAUGCACCAUGAAACUACAAGUGUGAAUAUUUUGGUCAAAAAAGUAAGAGAUAUAUGAAUUGCAGCUUUUGUAUUUAAUUUAUAGGCUUCAAUUCACACACAAAGUCUAUACGAAGUCAUUUCUUGCUGCUUUGUUUUUUUUUCUCUUGGGGUAUAUUUUAGGUUAAAUAUGUAGAAGGCAUGUGAUGUUGAUUCACAUAUCAUUGCACCAUCCUGCCCUUCUUCUACUUCUUCUCCUUCCUCUUUUUUACCUUAACCACAAGAAGACAACUUCACCUCUCCUUCCCCUCCUCCUCUUAUCUGGAGUUGGCAGAAGGGAGUCAGGUUUUUGCAGGUUAGUUCAUGGCGUCUAUCAACAACUGGCUUGGUUUCUCUCUGUCGCCUCAGGAGCUGCCUCCCUCGGGCGCCGGCGACUGCUACGGCGGCCUGUCCGGAGAACAGGACGGGUCUUUUUCCAUCUUGGAGGCGCUCGACCGCCCGGAGCACCGUCACCACCAAGGUUGGAGCGCGAGGAGUAGCUCCUCCGAGCUGUCGGUGUUGGUUGGGUCGGGCAGCAGCAGCAGCCGGCAGGCGGCGACGGAGGGCAUCCAGCAGCCGCCCAAGCUCGAGGACUUCCUCGGCGGCGGCCACUCCUUCUCCCACCACGGUCACAAUAUGUUCGACGCUUCUACCACUGCUGCCGCCGCUAGCAGCAUCGGGCUCUCCAUGAUCAAGUCUUGGCUGCGGAACCAACCCGCGCCGGCGGGGCCUGCGCCGCCGCCGGCGCCGCUGAUGGAUUGCGGCAGUCUCGGCGACGCGGGAGCGGCGGUGCCGGCCGCGAGCUCGCAGAGCCUGUCGCUGUCGAUGAGCACCGGCGCCGCGGCCUCCGGGAGCGGCGGCGGCGGAGAGAACUCCUACUCGCCGGAAAGUAACAACCACAAGCAGAAGGAUCACGGGGAGGCCACGGCGAGGAAGUCGAUCGACACCUUCGGCCAAAGGACGUCGAUCUACCGGGGAGUCACAAGGCACAGAUGGACAGGCAGGUACGAAGCUCAUCUUUGGGACAACAGUUGCAGAAGAGAAGGCCAAAGUCGCAAGGGUCGCCAAGUCUACUUAGGUGGCUAUGACAAGGAGGACAAGGCAGCCAGGGCUUAUGACUUGGCCGCCCUCAAGUACUGGGGUGCCUCUACGACUACCAAUUUCCCUAUAAGUAACUACGAGAAGGAAUUGGAGGAGAUGAAGCAUAUGACAAGGCAGGAAUACGUUGCCUCUCUUAGAAGGAAGAGUAGUGGAUUUUCUCGUGGCGCCUCCAUCUACCGUGGAGUAACGAGACAUCAUCAGCACGGAAGAUGGCAAGCUAGAAUAGGAAGGGUGGCUGGGAACAAAGAUCUUUACCUUGGAACCUUCAGCACCCAAGAGGAGGCGGCAGAGGCCUAUGACAUCGCGGCGAUCAAAUUCCGCGGCCUGAAUGCAGUGACCAACUUCGACAUGAGUCGAUACGAUGUGAAAGCAAUCCUAGAGAGCAGUACUCUUCCGAUCGGCGGCGCCGCGAAGCGACUGAAAGAGAUAACCGACCACACUGAGGCGAGCAUAGAUGGCCGGAUGACCGAGGACGGCAGCAUCGCCGACACCAUCAGUAGCUAUGGCUCGCACCACCAUGGCUGGCCUACGAUCGCCUUCCAGCAGGCGGCUGCGCAGCCGCUUAGCUUCCACUAUCCUUACGGCCAGGCCGGCCGGGGGUGGUGCAAGCAAGAGCAGGAGGCUGUGAUCGUUGCCGCCCAAAGCUUGCAAGAACUGCAGCAGCUCAAUUCAGGGAGCAACACCCAUAAUUUCUUCCACCAGCCAGCCGUGAUCCCCAACCUCAUGACCCUGGACUCGUCCUCCAUGGACACUAUCAUCGCCGGAAGCGCAGGCGGGGGCCUCGUCGGAAGCUAUCAUCAGGUACUGGAUAGCACCGGGGGAGGAGGGGGAUACAUGGUGCCCAUGAGCGGCAACAGCUACGCUGAAAGUGAGCUAGCUUCUGUCGAUCCUUAUGCUGCAGCAGCAGCUGCCAGGAACAUGUACUACCUGCCGCAGCCGCCGCAGUCCUCGGCCGGCAUGCCGGCGGUGAAGGAGACCGGUUACGAGCAGAUGAGUGCGUGCAACAACUGGAUGAUGCCUCAGGCCGCAACAGCACCUGCAGGGAACAAUGUGGGUACUGUCUGCCAUGGAGCUCCUCCUCUUUUCACAGUCUGGAAUGAUGCUGCCUAGCUAGCUAACUUCAAUUAGGGCGUGCAGACGAUCGAUCGACCGAUGACAGAAGGAUUAAUAACAUAGUUGGGGAAUUAAAGAACAUUCUAACUAGUUAACUAGAUGUAGCCAUUGAUUUAAUUUAUCUACUCCACCAUGCAUGCAACUUUUCUCGUGCCAUAUAUCAUCAAGAUCAUCACUGUCCUGGAGCUUGGUUAUGGCUUGUGAGUUCGAUCACAAGCUGUGAAUUUUGGGGAUCUCCAGAUCUUUGUAAAUUAUUCCAAACGUACGUGAAAGUUGCAUAGAUUUAGUAA